AUAUUUUCACUUGGAAAUUUGCUAGAUGCCCAUCGACAAAGGAUAGUCAAUUGGAUCAACGCCACAGGUGGUACCUCCUCAGCUUUUGAUGUCACCACAAAGGGAAUCCUCCACUCUGCUUUGCAUAACCAAUAUUGGAGGUUGAUCGAUCCUCAAGGGAAACCAACAGGAGUAAUGGGAUGGUGGCCUUCACGGGCUGUUACUUUUUUAGAAAACCAUGACACGGGAUCAACACAGAUAACUUCUAUUCUCUUGCUGAUUUGUUCCAAACCAAGUGCUGACCUUCAUAUAACCAUUGUUUACAACUACAAAAUUUUUAACUUGAGAUGUUAG